AUGGAGGUCAUUGCGAAAGAGGUCAUGGAGCCGCCGAGGGAGAGAGAGAGCCGUCGCGGCGCCAAGACCACGCCCAUCUCGAUCGGCCAGUGCAAAUUGAACUCUUUUUCGGCGGGACUUGGUUUCGGGACGAAAUGUGAGAGGAAAAAGGAAAGGACACAUAUAUCAACGGGGUUAGAGGGCAUACCGGCAAAGAGAAAAGGGGGGAGAGAUGAGAGGCCAAAAACAACACGCCGUCGGCGAUGGAGUCGGGCGUUCGGGAAGCAGCACUCCUGUCUUCCUCUGCGGCUCUCGGAGGAGGCAGCAUAUCAGGACGAAACUCCCCACCACCUUUAGGCGACUCCGCCCACUUUUUCACUCAACACAACACAACACUAUAA